AGUCAAGGGACCAUUUUGCUAAAAGAUGAGUGCUUUGUCUAUCUGCUCAAUAAAACGUUAUCUUCGUCUGUUGAGCAGGUGUUACAGAGAAAGAAGAAGGAAGAAGAAGAGGCGUUUGUGGAGGAAGGCAACAAUGUCAUCGAUUUCGCUAUCAUUUCUACAGAGCACUUGCUCCUAUUCCAACCUUCAUCAGCAACAUAAGCUCUUCGUUCAAACCCCAUUGAUAUCAUCAUCAUCAUCAUCGUCUCAGCCGAGAAGAACCUCCCUGGUUGUAGAAGCCAAGGCAAGAACUCGUCAAGAUAACAGACAAGCUCGCCAUGCUCGUCUCCGUAAGAAGGUGGAAGGGACUCCAGAAAGACCAAGAUUAUGUGUGUUUCGAUCCAACAAACAUCUAUAUGUUCAGGUGAUUGAUGAUACCAAAAUGCAUACUCUUGCAUCAGCUUCAACAAUGCAGAAACCACUCUCUGAGGAGUUUGAUUACACCUCUGGUCCCACCAUUGAUGUGGCUAAAAAAGUAGGGGAAGCAAUUGCAAAAUCAUGCAUUGAGAAAGGGAUCACAGCUGUGGCAUUUGAUAGAGGUGGUUAUCCUUAUCAUGGACGUGUUCAGGCGCUUGCUGAUGCAGCCAGAGAACAUGGUCUUCAGUUCUAGUAAUCUUGUAUUGUUCUUGUUUUUUUUCAAGAUUGAAUCUUUUUUGUCCAUCUCCCAACAAGAUUUAUUGUUCAAAUAUGCCAAAGUUGCAUAUAUUUGUUAUUAGUGUUAAAUCUUUCAUCUAAACUUGUGUUUCUUUUGCUUACUGAUACAUGGGAAAGUGACACUGCUAACAUAACUAGUUCAGUGACAUUCAAAAUAUAUUUCUUUAACUAAUUGUGAAGUUAUUUUAAUGAAAUAGGUUAUCCCUUGUGAUGCAAAAUUUGCUAGUUAA